AUGAUUGGAACGGACGAUAAACCACAUUCGCUCCCUCCUUACUCCGGCCCUCCUCCCCCUCCUCAAAUGCAUCAUCGCAUUCCUCCUGAGGCCGCGCAUGGCCUGGCAAAUGCGCCGGGAGCAUACGAUCAGCCAUGGCGCCCCUACCCGCCGUCCUUCGAGCAUCAUCACGCGGAGCAGCGACGGGCCUCCAAUCCCCCCCAACCUUCCCUGCCCUCCCACGGGUAUUCUGUCAUGCCGAAUCGAGAGUUGCCUCAGCUACCUCCCGACGGGCCGUAUGGUCGGCCAAAUAGUUUGCCUGCUCCCAGUCUCACCCCGACAGAAUCGCAUCCGCCGACUUUCCGUCCUAUGAAUGGAGCUUCGCAUGAUUCCAUCCCCCAUUCGACACCGACCCAUCCAGCUCCUCCCCCUCAGUCGGCCCCCCCCGACUUUCGUCCGCGGAUGACAUAUCCCCCUCAAGAACAGAGCAGUAAUGGCGAUGGGCCCCCUCCCCCUCCUCCAGCUCCACAUACGAUGCCUCCAACCCAGUUUCCGACGCAAGUCCCGCAUAUUUCACAUACCCCUGCUCCGUAUGAGCCGAACUAUUACCAGAAUCAAGCCUUUGGUAUGCGUCAGCGCAAGGCUGCCCGGGCCCAACAGAGCAAGAAAGGCAAAGUGCGACGAAGGGCGGCCUGCCUGCAGCCACUGCAAGGAGAACAAUUUGAUAUGUGUCUACAAAGAAGUUCCCCCCCACAAGUGCGUGACCUGCCUGAUCUCGGUCCUUCGGUUGGUUGCUUGUUGGAUACUGACCCUCAAGCUAGACAGGAAAAGGCCACCCAGCAGAUCUUGGACAAGAUACAAUAUCUGGAAGAUAAGCUCGACGAGCGUCUGACGCAUUUUCAAACUGUACAGAUGGAACAUGGGAUGCAGCUUAAUAAAAUUUCCAAUGAGGUCGGGUUGAAAGAGCCAAAAAUUUUGGCUGUCAAAGAUGCCACGCGAUCAAUGCCACCUAAGCAGACACUUGAUAGAUUGCUGAAACCAAGUGCUGCUGAUCUUUUGCUUGAGUCAGAAUCAAAGAAUGGAGAGGGAAUGCAGCAGUUGGAUUCAAAUGACCCCCCAGGGCAGAGUUAUGUGGAAAGGGAGGACGGUGAGCUGUCCAUCCCCGUGGAACAUACAACAGCUGCCCACAAGUUGCUGUCCUGGCCAUCGAUCAGGAAUCUACUGUAUCCCCGCGAGUACGACGAAGAUUAUGUGAUGAAGCUUGAAGAGCGACGUGGCUUGAUUCGCGUCUAUGGCCGAGGUGAGGGCGACGACACAAGUGAGGAUCGCAUGUCGCCAGCCCCAUUGACUAGUUCGAAUUCCAGCAGCGGAUGGGAUGAUACUCAUGCUCACCGAGCAUCGCCGAGUAGUCCUUGGACGCAGAGCGCUCAUCCCAGCGGUUUCCCGCAGAAGCUUCGAGACAAGGGGGUUGAUGAGUUUGGUACUCUGUGGGCCGAUCCAGACACCGUCCGUCGAUAUCAUCGCAGUUAUCUGGAGCACAUACACAAACUUCAUCCCUUCCUCGACCAGGGGGACCUAGAUAAGAAGAUCGAAAUGUUCAUUAAGUUCCAUUGCUUACCGAAGACUUCCGGAUCAACGCCUACAGGGACUGGCGACCUCCCAAGGGGUGCAAAAAGAAAAAGGUCAUGUGAGACUUUGCAAGGUGCGGCGUGUGAUUUUCCAACUUCCGCUGGCAUUAGGACAGAAGCGACGAGCCGUCGCAUUGAAAAGUCAAUCGACAAUGCUGUUCUCCUUCUCGUGCUUGCGCUGGGCAGCAUCUGCGAAGUGGGAGCACCAGUCCCUGGUCCUGUCACUGAUAACCCCCCGGAUUUUCGCAAAGAGUGGAUCCCUGGGCCGCCCACGCGUAGCAUCCUAUCUCCCGCUGGAUCUGACAUGAUCGUUCCAGCGCAGGGGAGCUUCUACGCACCCCACGCUGUCCCGUCUCCCUCGCCUGUUGACGGCCGGAGAAGUGUCGGAGGCCGGUCAGCGUCAUCAGGCCGAGAGGUGCCUGCCAAUCGACAUCUCAGAAACGUCGAUGUCAUCCCGGGUUUAUCUUAUUAUGCAUAUGCCACGCAGAUCCUUGGAGGCCUCCAAGGGGCCAAUGGUUUGCUUCAUGUUCAAGCGGCUUUGCUCGCGGGACUUUACGCCGGCCAACUAGCGCAUCCUUUCCAGAGUCAUGGGUGGAUAUACCAAGCCGCUCGCGCUUGCCAAGUACUCAUUCGAUCGAAACGCUAUGACCAGAUGCAGGAUGGCCCUCUGAAAGACCUCUACGAUUUCGCGUAUUGGACAUGUCUUCAGCUUGAGAGUGAUAUUCUUGCAGAGCUUGAUCUCCCUGCCAGUGGCAUUUCUCGUGCAGAGUCACGUAUAGGUCUACCAAAGGGACGCUUCACACUUGCUUUGCCAAAUGAGAUCUGCGCGCCUAGUACCAUGAUGAUGUUUUUCUAUUCUGCCCAAAUCCACCUCCGGAAAGUCCUUAACCGUGUCCACACUGAUCUGUACAAAGUUGAGAGACAACAAGGCUCGAACAAUGCAAACCCGGGCAGCGCCACUAAUGCCGCUGGUUCUGCAAGCGCUGUCAACGCUGCAAUCGCUGCAAUCACAGCUAAUCCUUCCAGCAAUACUACAACCACGAACAGCUCGAGCAACAACCGGUGGACCUCAAACGUGCAGGAAAUUCUUAGCAUGAAUCUCGAACUGUGGCGAAAUAGUCUUCCAGAGAUCAUGAAGUGGAAAGACACUGAUCCCCCCUCGAAUGACAUAAAUGUUGCUCGCAUGCGGGCCAAAUAUUACGGCGCGCGAUACAUCAUCCAUCGUCCUCUUCUAUAUCAUGCUCUGCAUUUUGCUGGACUCCCCAAUCCCAAUCCAACCUCCGCAUCAGUUGAGUCACCCGCCGGGUCCGUUCUCUCUGGCCCGAAAUCUCAGCAGGUUUCGCCCUCGUUACCGCACAGUCAACGGGCUUCAAACAUGGCACGUCUGUCGAGCGAUAUGGGCAUAGCAGUCCAUAGCGCUCCCCCUUCCUUCCAAGGAGGCUCGAUGGGCACCAUUGCAUACCGAGACCUUCCGCCUAAGCUACGACGAGCCUGCAAAGUAUGCAUCGAUUCUGCAAUCCUGAGUACAGAGGCCUUUGAUGGAAUCGAAGGUCGUCCGAUCGUGACAAAUAUCUUUGGAACUGCUCAUGCGCAAUUCGGCAAUAUGCUCGUGCUGUCUGCGACCUACAUGUCGUGUCUCUCAGAGCUGGUGGACCGAAAUGUGCUGGAGAAACUUCUCAAGCGAACAAUUAGAUUCCUGUUGCAGAGCCGAUAUAUCUCCCCUAGUCUUCGAGCCGACGCACGGAUCCUCACCGAAAUCUAUGAGAAGAUUUUCGGAGAGCCCGCCACGAGUUUCUCAUCCGCCUAUAGCUAG